CAGCACGAGCGCGCGCCGCGGUCGCUGCCCCCCAGCAUGUCGCCGUGCGGCGCCUUCUCCAUGGGCGCGCCCAUGUCCAUGGCGUACUCGCUGCCGCGCCGGCCCCACCUCGGGGGCCCCGGCCCCACUGGUCCCGCCCCCUUCUCGCCGAGCCUCGGCCUGGGGGCGGGCCUCGGCGCCAUGGGGCUUAGCAGCCUGGGGUCGGGGCUGGGGGCGGUGCCGGGCGGGGGCGGUGCGGGGGGCGACAUGCACACCACCGUCAUCUUGUACCCGCCGCCAUCGCCCUUCGGCAUGAAGCCGGGCAUAUUCGACGGCCAGACAUUCGGUCUGCCACUUUCCUUCCAACCCUUUCCUCACCCGACCGCCGCCCCUGGCCCCAGCCUGAGUCCCGGGCGGCCACUGCCCCGCGAGAAGGAGGACGAGGUGACGAGUUCGGAGGAGGCGCGCGGCCAGCCCUCGCCGGCGAACCUCCCGGACAAUGGCGGCGCCGAGGCCCCGGCCUCUUCCCCGGCCGCGCUAGCCGCGCUCAGCGUCGACGUGCCCCGCCUCACCGUCCUGGCCAGCGAUGCCCCGCUGCCCCCGCUGGCCCCCGGCCCCCUGUUCUGCCCGCCGCCCGCCUGCUUCGACAACGUGUACGAGUCUGCCGCCAAGAUCCUCUUCCUCGCCGUCAAGUGGGCGCGGAGCAUACCCGCCUUCUUGCAGCUCUCCGGCGCCGACCAGUCCGUCCUGCUCGAGGAGGGCUGGCCCGACCUCUUCGUGCUGAGCGCGGCGCAGUGGCAGCUCCCCGUGCACCACGAGUCCCUGGUCGCGGGCGCCGUGUCGCCACCAUCCCGACGCUCCGUCCUGGCCGAGGAUGCUCGGCGCCUGGAGGAGGCCGUGGCGCGCUUUCAGUCGCUCCGCGUCGACCACACCGAGUACGCGUGCCUGAAGGCUCUCGUACUGUUCAAGGCCGAAGCACGAGGCCUGGGUGACGGGCUGCAGGUGGAGGCGCUGGCCGACCAGACGCACGCCAUGAUGUCCGAGUACUGCUCGGUGCGAGGGCGCGCGCGCCUCGGCCGCCUGCUGCUGUUGCUGCCCGCGGUGCGCGCCCUCAGCUCGAGGUCGCUCCAGGAACUCUUCUUCCGGCAGACCGUAGGGGACGUGCCCAUCGAGCGGCUCCUCGGGGACAUGCUAAACAGCCCGUAGCGAGCCUUCGCAAUAGUUAUUAAGUUUAUGUUUGCGCCCCUGUAUAAAGUGUAUAAAUGUAUCUUGGAAUCUUGUAAUA